AUGACCUCAUUAUUAGUCGGUGACCAAGAAGAAAGUUUAUUUCUUUUACAUGAACAACCACCAGCUAUUCUUCAACAAUCUGAAAUUUUUAUUCAACAUCUUCUUUCGGCUUCUUCAUCAUUAACAUCAACAACGUUACCAAAUCAACAGCAGCAACAACUUCAUCGAUUUGCAACUUCUUCUCAUGAUAUAAUUCCACCACCAGUACGAUUUUCAACAAAUCAAAAACGACAUUCAACUACAAACGAGAUUGAUUCAUUUGUAAGACAAUUUGAAAGACGUCUUGAUGAACAUCGUCUUCAUUCACAAAAAGAAUACGAUAGAAAAAUUCAACAAAUGAUUGACACAAAAAAUAAUGAAGUCGAUACAUUAAAACAUCGUUAUGAAAGUAAACUACGUGAACUCGAAGAGACUAAUAGACAAUUAGAAAUUCAAUCGGGUCAAAUUCAAGAAGAAAAUAAACGCUUAAAAAUCGAAAUCGAACAUGGAAAACAACAAAAUAGACUUGACCAAAAAAGUACACAACAGCAUCUAAAAGAAUCUGAAAAUGAUGCUGAACGAAAAAUUCAUGAACUUAAAACUUUACAUGAAAAUGAAAAACAAGAAAUGAAAAGAUCACAUUCAAGAAUUUAUCAAGAUUUAUUAGAUGAAACAAAUCAACGUUUAAAAAAAAUGGAAAAUGAAUAUAAAUUUCAACAAACAACAAAUCAAUCAACUAUUGAAGAAAUGGAAAAACGUCUAGUAGAUUUACGUUCAAAUAUUGAACAUCUUCAACAAGUUAAACAAAAAUUAGAUGAAGAUAAAAUUCAAUUAAUUAAAAAUAAUGAAAAAUUACAAUUACAGGUUCAAGAUUUAAUAAAUAAACAACGACAUAUUGAUCGUGAUCAUGUUGAUAAAAAUCAACGUUAUGAAAAUGAAUUAAAAUCUGUUCGUGUUCGUUGUGAAUCAAGUAUUGAUUUAUUAAAAAAAGAAAAUGAUAUUAUAAAAACUAAAUCAACUAAGACAAUAGAUGAUUUAGAAAGAAAAUUAUUAACAAUAACCGAACAAUUUCAUACGAUUGAAAAAUUAUAUGAGAAAAAAUUUCGUGAACAACAAGAAAUUUAUCAAAGAAAUUUAAAACAAUGUGAAAAUGAAUAUGAAAAUAAAAUUCAAUUAUUAAAAGAAGAAAAUCAUGAACAAUUAGAAAAUGAAUUAAAACGACAAAAAGAUCAAAUACAAAUUAAUUUAGAAAAUCAUAUUCAAGAAAUUCAUGAUAAAUCUCAAGAAAAUGAACAACAUUUAAUUAAAAAAUUUAAAAUUGAAUAUGAACAAUUACUUAAACAAAAUGAAGAAUUAUUACGUGAAAAUUUUAAUAAAGAAAUUGACGAAAUUAAACGAAAAUAUGAACAUAAUCUCGAAAGAAAAGAUGAAAAAAUGAAAAAUGAAUUACAAGAUAUUAAUAAACUAUCUGUUGAAAUAAAACUUAAACAUGAAAAUGAAAAACAACAGCUUAUCAAUGAAUAUGAUGAAUUUACUCGAAAACUUGAAAAACAAAAUGCACAAAAAACUGAUGAAAAUGAAAAACGUAUUGAAAUUAUUAUUUCAAAAACACAAGAACAAUUAAGAACAAUUGAAAAUGAAUUUGAAAUACGUCAUCAAAAACAACAAUCAAUUAUAAAUGAUCAACAAAAAAUAAUUGAAAAAAUUGAAGGAGAAAAAAAUCAUGCGAAAAUAUUAUAUGACAAACAAAAUCGUAUUUUAAAUGAACAAUAUUCAUAUGAAAAAAAUGAUAUGAAAUCCCAAUUUGAUUUCUAUAUCAAAAAAUUUGAUAAAGAUUUUAAUGCAUUAAAAUCUAAAAAUGAUCAACUCGAACGUAAAAUCGUAAGUUUAACUGAACAACAUAAACGUGAAAUGAUGGAAUGUCGUUUAACACAUGAAAAGAAUAUCAAAGAUCUUGUAUCAAAUGAUGUUAAACUUGAUUUAGAAAAUACAAUAUAUUCAUUAAAACAACAAGUCGUUUAUUUACAACAACGUAUUGCUCUUCUUCAAAAAGAACUUGAACAGUAUAUACAAGUAUAUGGUCAUGGACCAACAUCUCACUCAUAA